AUGCUGGUCAACGCUGCACGAAGCACGCUCGCACGGCAACUCGCACAUACGCAGCCCUGGCCUCAGCUCGCCGCCGCCAACUCGAUUCGCCGUCACGCUCCCCAGCGACCGCUUCACACGACCUUGACACAGCGUGAUCAGCACUUCUUUGAUUCGGCGGCGUACGUCUCGCGGUUCGAGCAACAGGGCUUCUCGCGGCAGGAAGCAGAGGGAAUUGUCGAUGCGCUCGAGAUGAUCGUCAACGAGAGCAUGGCGAAUAUGCAGGCGAAUCUUGUCACCCGAGCGGAGCACUACAAGCAUCACGACCGACAGAAGGUCGACUUUGCCGCCCUGAAACAAAAUCUCGAGUUGUCCGAACGAACAGACUUCAUGAACCUCAAAGCGGAGAACGAGCGACUGCUAGGCGAUAUCGAGAAAGUGAAGCAGAAGUUGCGCGAGGAGAUCUCGCGGACGCAGGCGGGCGUGAGGCUCGACCUGAACUUGGAGAAGGGCCGGAUCCGCGACGAGAUGUCGAUCCGCGAGGGCAAGUUGACGGAGGUCGACACGCGGCUGGAGAACGAGAUUGGGCUGUUACGCGCAGCGAUGGAGACUGUCAAGACCAGCGUCCUACAAUACUCCGUCGCCGUCCUGUCGGGAACGGGCGCCAUGCUCCUCGCUUACCUGAGGCUGUCGAUGUGA